AUGGCAAUCCGACUCAUGGACAGUAAAAGUGAAAACACCAAUAAAAAGUACUUUGAUAUUUUUCGUAUAUGGAAGCAGUUUUGUUCGUCACACGACUGCUGUGCAUUGCCUGCUAAUUCCGUACACGUGGCACUGUACCUCAACUACUUGUUGGACAGACAUUUAUCUUUUUCCGCCAUUUCCUCUGUAGUGUACGCCAUCAAGUGGGUGCAUGAAGUCAACGGACUCUCUGAUCCUACAACCAGCAGUUUCGUUCAGAAUAUGCUGGAGAGCUCCAAACGGACAGCCCGCAAACCGGACAUGCGUAUUUCUGAUGAAAUAAUGAAAUGUGUCCUCAAAAAUAUAUCGAACCCUUAUAUUUACGAUUAUACUACUGAUUUUUACCUGCUACCACCUGUGUCGGAUCUCUGUAGGAUGACUGUACCGGACCUAGAAUUAUUGUAUCAACGAUACCUAAGUACCGUACAAACGGUAUGUAAAACCCAACGGAGGUUCGGAAAGAUCACGGAUGGUGAAUGGGAUGUAUGUGUUGAACCAAAGUAUCUUCCAAAAUAUAAAUGUCUGGUGUACUCUUUUGGUAUUGCUAAUGAUUUUCCUUUCGCUGAUGACAUUGCUCGUUUUUACAACUGUGAGGUUCAUUCCUUUGAUCCCAGCAUGGGGAAAAAAGGAUAUGUUAGAAUCAAGGAUCAAUCAUAUUUUCACGAUACUGGCCUUUCCGACAUCACCCGUUUAAACCCAGACGGCAAUAUGAAGCGCAUGCAGACAUUUUUGGAUAUUCGAACAGAACUGAACCACUUAAAGCGGAUGCCAAACGUCGUCAAGAUGGAUAUAGAGGCCUGGGAAUGGAAUGUACUUCCGGAAAUGUUUGCUGCUGGACAAUUCCCCAAGCAGUUGAUUAUCGAGUUCCACUUGUGGUCUCAGAAGUACACUACACAGCGAGACAUGUGGAUACAACGCCUCGCCGUUCUCAGAAAUGUUUAUGAUGCAGGGUAUAGAAUAUUCUGGAUGAACAGAAACCAUAUCUGUAGAUACAAGUCGCAUUUCACAAAACAACCAACACUGGCAUGUCACGAGAUUUCUUUAAUACGGAAUGGGCCCAAUAUCAUGAUGAGUUCUAGUGGCUGA